UAAAAGACAAAACCCAGUAUCCGUAUCCCAAAUGGCUUCACUUCAGUACUUCAGCUUCAGAAAUCUGCUUCUUCUUUACCUUGUUUUCUUCUUCUUCUCUGGCAUUCUAGUGAGUACCCUGUCAGAAACUGAUCCUCAAAAUAAAAGCUUUCUGGGUGGAAGGCGAAUGCUAGAGAUGGAGGAAGAACAAGAAGAAGACCAGACUAAGAAGAAGUUCGAUCUAUCCACCAAAAAAAAAACCAAACUCAUCAAACCCAAAAUCGCCACGAAUUCGACAAAGAAUACCCUCAAGAAAUCCUCAGAUCUACUCAAACCCAGUGCUCACAAGAACAAAACUUCCCAACUCAUUGUCACCAAGAAAUCCAGCGAGUCUAAAUCCAAAACCUCGGACAAGAAGCAAUCCAUCAUUGAGCCCAAAUCCGAAAGCUCUUCUUCUUCUUCUUCUUCUUCUUCAAAGAAACAAACCAGUGAAUCCAAAUCCAAGAGCCAGCAGCAGAAGAAGAUUCAGAAACCCACGAAAUCCUAUUGGAUGGAUCAAGAAGACGAGGAGGAGGAUAUAAUCUCAGAAUUGAGAGACUUGCCCUCGAAAUUCCAUCAAGCAUUAAUACCAGAUCUGCAGAGGAUCUCAACAAUUUCCAAAGCUUAUCUCACUAAAGGGUUCAAACCCUUUGUGGGAAACAAAUACGCACCCACGAUAGCUUCGAUACUGGCCUGUAUCUUCAUUAUAGUCCCUUUCCUUCUCGUAUCUCUCGUAUUUAAUCGAAUCAAAGCUUACUUCUCUCUCCAGAAGUUACUGAUCUUCAUUCAGGUCUACUUGUCGAUCUACUUCUUGACCCUUUCCUUGUCUUCUCUGGUGACGGGGUUGGAGCCAUUGAAGUUCUUCUACGCAACUUCUCUGUCGAGCUAUGUGUGCUUGCAGGUGUUGCAGACGCUAGGGUACGUGUUGUAUGUGCUUCUGCUGCUCAUGUACCUGGUGGUCGUGUUUUCGACUGAGAAUGGGCUGGGCUCGAAGUUGCUGGGCCUGGGCCAGACAAUGGUAGGGUUCGCAGUGGGCUUCCAUUAUUACGUGACUGUUUUUCAUAGGGCGGUGCUGCAUCAACCUCCCAAGACUAACUGGAAAGUUCAGGGAAUCUAUGCGGUCUGCUUCUUUGUGAUCUGUUUAUUUGUCAACGCCGACGAGAGAAGAAAGAAGACUUACUUACACGGUGGCGGUGACGGAAAGAAAAGCUAA